AUGGCUGUCGCAGAUCAGCCUUCGGGCUUGAUGGACAUCGCCAGCUCUCUCACCCAAGAUGAGAUCCCGUUCAAGCUGCGAUGCGCCAUGUGCAAUAAGCUUGCCAUGAACGCCUUCCGCUUACCCUGCUGCGAUCAAGCGAUCUGCGAACAUUGCCAGGCUUCUCUCCCCGAGACUUGCCCCGUAUGCGCGCAUACUCCCAUCUCGCCCGAUCUAUGCAAGCCGAACAAAGCGCUCCGCACCACAUUGAAGGCCUUUCUGCGUACAGAAGAGAAGAAGCGUGAGAAGGAGCGACAGUCAGCAACCCCUGCGACGCCCGCAACCACCAAUGGUGCAACAACCGCGGACGGCACUCCUGCUCAACUGGAGACACCUGCGGUGCCGAGCGCCGCCGAAGUUCCAGCCUCUGAAGAAAUCCCUGCACCUAGUGAAUCUGUCGAUGCUCCGCCGGUAGAAACAGCCAACCCCGCGGAUGCCGGAGACCUAAAUGUGCAGAACACACCAGGUGUGGGCGACGAAGCACCUACAGAGGCGCAGGCCCAAGAUGACCAGCCUACAAGUGUUCCUGCUGACACGCAGAACGACGCUGGGGAUGCGGAGCACGACGGAUCUGGUGAAGGCAACGAAGCCGAUGAAGCCAAGACCGACCAAGUCAACGAUGACGAAGCGUCCCAAGGUCCCGCGGGGACCAUGCUCCCCAAUGGUAUGGGCUUUGGCAUGGGUGCCGGGAUGUUCCCUAAUAUGGCUUGGAACAACAACGGUGGUUUCAACCCUAUGGCCCAAUUCAUGAACAAUGGAAUGUUCAAUUUCCCUAACGCUAUGGGAAUGCCUGGCAUGGCGAUGGACCCGAUGGCCGCGAAUCAGGGUAUGUUUGGAGGCUACGGGAUGAACAUGAAUGGCAUGAACAUGGGAAUGAGUUUCGACGCGGGUCAGGGGAUGUAUGGGGGAUGGGACGGCUCACAGAACAAUAUGUGGAAUGGAGGCCAAGAUAAAUUCAAUCCAAAUGCUUUCGCAAAUGGUAUGGGUCCGCAGUUUGGGGGCCCCUCUGGAUUUGGCGGUUAUAAUAUGUCUCAACCCAACGGAGUUCAUGCUCAAAUGCAGCCGCAGCAGUUUCCUAGCCAAGAUUAUCCAAAUGGCUCUUAUGCCGGUCAUGGCAGAGGCGCGUUCCGUGGCCGUGGCCGCGGAGGAUUUGCCGGCGGUCGCGGUGGUUUUGGAGGGCAUAUGCAAGCCAAUCAUCCUGCUAAUGCUAACUAUCCAGACUUCCCAAACCAUAAUCCCCUUAGUGAUGGUCAGGAUGGCGUAUCUGGGGACAUGUCCGGGGAGGUCAGUACUGAAGCCAAUAAGGAAGGUGCCGGCGAGAAUGCCCUAAGUGGCGAUGUGACUUCUGCUCAAGAUGCUUCGGCGGGAGAUGCUGCCGCUGCUGCCGAAAACAUGGGUGAGAAUGGGGAAUCUGAUCCCAACAUUAAUAGAGACUCCACACAAGAACUUCCAGGCCAGGAGGAGAAUCAGCUGCGUGGGAUACCGACAAUUGAUAGUCUAGACCAAGUCCACGCCGCACAAGGCAUGUCGGGUGGCCCUAUGGGCAUGACUGGCCCUAUGGGACCUGGCUUUGGCAGAGGUGGCUAUAUGCGCGGUCCCUUCCCAGGCGCACGUCCUGGUGGCUUUAACGGUCCUCCAUUUAUGACAGGCUCUAAUAUGUACCCCGAGCCUCGUGGACAGGGUGUUGAAGGUGCACCCGCAGCUCCCCGAGCCAUGCGAGAAGGCCUUCCCAACACCAGCAUUCUCCGGCAGCGGAACUUCCAUGGACGUUCCUCGGCGACUCCCAUGAGGCCUGAAGCCUCACAAAGCUGGAGCCGCAGCCCAAGUCGCAACGGCGACGCCGCCGGACCCGAUCAUCUCUCUUCCAAGGUCGAAGACAAGGAUUCCAGAAACAAGCCCAGUGAUGCGGUAGACCGCAGUUACCGGUCUGGUAAGGACCGCUCAAGCCGUCGCGACGAGGACCGCGAUAGAGAUCGAGAUCGAGAUCGAGAUCGAGUCCGAGAUAGAGACUCCCGCCGUCGGGAUCGGGAUCGGGAUCGCGAUCGUUAUCGAGAGCGCGAAAGAGAUCGCGACCGCGACAGAGAUAGGGAGAGAGAGCGCGACCGCGAUCGUGAUCGUGAUCGGGACCGCCAUCGAGAACGCGACAGGGAGCGUGACAGAGACCGUAAACGCUCUCGCCGCGACCGCUCUGAAUCCCCCGUCAACAGCGAAUACUCCUCCCGCCAGUCCCGCCGCGCCAGACGGGACCGUGAUGAGGACAAACCUUCAGCUACAGCUGCUGCUGCAGCAGAGCCAGAGAAAGACCCCCAUACUCUGGAACGAGAGGCCAGAAACCGCGAGCGCAUGCUGAAGGAACAGCAACGUCGUGAGGCCAUGCAUGCAGACCGUGAUGCUGGAAAGUCUUCUCGCAAGCGAGACAGCCGCGCCAUGGCAGGUGGUCGUCGCUUUAGUUACAAGUACGAGGACGAAGAAAAUGAUGACGCUCGAGCUGCGCGCGUCGAGAAGGAGCGUGAAGCAGGUCGAUGGAAGUAA